AUGGCUCGGUCAGCCGCCACAACGGCCACCAAAGAGGCCAAGCCUCAGGCUGCUGCUGCUGCUCCAGCUCCAGCCGAUGGCGAUAAUAAUAAGCUGCACGAGUUCUUCUGGACUUACACCGAAGAGCCGCACCGCACACGCCGUCUGGCCAUCAUCAAGGCCCAUCCCGAGGUCCUCAAACUAUGCGGCCCUGAGCCUCUGACCAAAUAUGUCGUUGCCGGCGUCGUCGGGCUCCAGAUCGUCCUGGCCUACCUCCUGCGGUCAACGCCCUUCUGGUCCUGGAAGUUCUGGGCCGUCGCCUACGUCUUCGGCGCCACUGCCAACCAGAACUUGUUCCUGGCUAUCCACGAAAUCUCGCAUAACCUCGCCUUCAGGAGCCCGCUGGCCAACCGGCUCAUCGCCAUCUUUGCCAAUCUGCCCAUUGGCAUUCCUUAUAGUGCUUCAUUCAGGCCAUACCACCUUACUCACCACAAGUCCCUUGGCGUGGAUGGCCUUGACACCGAUCUUCCCACUGCCCUAGAGGCCUUCGUCCUCGACUCCAUCUUCGGCAAGGCCUUCUUCUGCACGUUCCAAAUCUUCUUCUACGCCAUCCGCCCCAUGGCCGUCUACCGCAUCCCCAUGACCUGGAUCCACCUCCUCAACGUCGUCACCCAAAUCGCCUUUGAUGUCCUCCUCUUCCGCUUUGCCUCUCCCAACGCUCUCCUCUACCUGCUGCUCUCCUCCUUCCUCGCCGGCAGCCUGCACCCCCUGGCCGGCCACUUCAUCGCCGAGCACUACGUCUACGAGACCGUCACCCCUACUCAGCGGAACCCGGACAACAAGGUCCCCGUUCCAGAGACAUUUUCCUACUACGGCCCUCUCAACAUCCUGACCUACAAUGUGGGGCUGCACAACGAGCACCACGACUUCCCGGCCAUUCCCUGGACGAGACUUCACGCUGUGUAUGACAUUGCAAAGGAGUUUUACGAGCCUCUUCCCCGCCACGAGAGCUGGGUGUAUGCCAUCUGGCGUUUCAUCUUCGACGAAAACGUGGGUAUUAGCUGCCGUGUCAAGAGAAGGGAGGGCGGCCGUAUCGUUGGCGGCGCUGUCAAAUGGAAGCAAUCGGAAAUCGAGGCUUAA